GGGGCGUUACAGCGGCGCUGCCCGGCCCCCAGGCGUCCUGCGGACCGAAGCGCGGGAACCCGUGCGGCUGGGGCCCGGAUCGCAGGCCUGCCGCUCUUCUUUCCCGCGAAGACGGGGCGAUGCUGCAGAACCGGCAGCCGAGGGUCCGCUCCGGGAACGAGCCUCGUCCCGCGCCCGCCAUGGAGCCUGCCGAUCGCGGGCCCUGGGCCCACAGCCGCGCCGCGCUCGACCGGCUGGAGAAGCUGCUGCGCUGCUCUCGCUGUGCUAAUAUUCUGAGGGAGCCUGUGUGUUUAGGAGGAUGUGAGCACAUCUUCUGUAGUAAUUGUGUAAGUGACUGCAUUGGAACUGGAUGUCCCGUGUGUUUUACCCCAGCCUGGGUACAAGAUGUGAAGAUAAAUAGACAGUUGGACAGCAUGAUCCAGUUUUGUAGUAAACUUCGAAAUUUGCUGUAUGGCGACAGGCUUUCAGAUUUGAAAGAAGAUACAACUAGGAAAAGUUUAUUUAGUGAUGCAGAUAAGAAGAAUUCAAUAAAAAUGUGGUUUAGUCCUCGAAGUAAGAAGAUCAGAUAUGUUGUAAGUAAAGUCACAGUGAAAACCCAGCCUCAAAUGACAAAUGAUGAAAAUGCUCAGCAGGCCUCAGUCUAUGAAUUUAUUUCUACAAGUCCUUCAGCAGAUGUUUCUGAGAGGGCUAAAAAGUCUACUACCAGAUCUAGAAAAAAGCAAAAAAAGAAAACCUUAGCUGAAAUUAACCAGAAAUGGAAUGUAGAGACAGAAAGAAAAGAUGGUGAACUUGACUCCAAAGAGGAAUUUAAGGAAAAGUUAGUAUCUUUCUGUAGCCAACCAUCUGUUAUUGCUACUUCUCAGAUAAAUGGUGAAAUCGACUUACUAGCAAGUGGCUCUGUAACAGAAUCUGAAUGUUUUGGACACUUAACUGAAGUUUCUUUACCAUUGGCCGAGCAAAUACAGUCUCCAGAGAUUGAAAGCAGGAAUGAAGUAGUGACUCCUAAGAAGAAUAUCUGUGAAAAUGAUCUUACAUCUAAGAAAUCCUUGCCACUAGGUCAUGGAAAAUGUGGACGUCGCAUCAGACUUUCCAGUCCCACUUCUAAGAGACGUAGAAGCGUCUCUCCCAGCACCAGUGGAAAUUUUGUUAAGCAAACAGUGCUCUCAGAAAACAUAGCACUGCCUGGCUGUUCUUCAUCACUUUCAAGCAAACUUAAAGUUGGUGACACAUUAAGGAGGAGAAACAGUAAUAUAUCAGAUGAAUCCAUUAGCCUUUCACCAGGUAUACCACCUUCUACACUGAAUAGUCCAAGUUACAGACGAAUGAUGUCUAGUCCUUCAGCAAUGAAGCUUUUGCCCAGUAGCCUUAGGGGUGUGAAAAGAAAUCAUAGAGGAGAGACUCUGCUGCAUAUUGCUUCCAUUAAGGGCGACAUACCUUCUGUGGAAUACCUCUUACAGAAUGGAAGCGAUCCAAAUGUUAAAGACCAUGCUGGAUGGACACCACUGCAUGAAGCCUGCAAUCACGGGCACCUGGAGGUGGUGGAAUUGCUGCUCAAGCACAAGGCAUUGGUGAACACCACUGGGUACCAGAAUGACUCACCACUUCAUGAUGCAGCCAAGAAUGGGCACGUGGAUAUCGUCAAGCUGUUACUUUCCUAUAGAGCCUCCAGGAACGCAGUUAACAUAUUUGGUUUGCGGCCUGUGGAUUAUGCAAACAAUGAAAAUAUGAAAUCGCUAUUGCUGCUACCAGAGAAUGAAUCAUCAUCAACUAGCCACUGCCCAGUAAUGAACACUGGUCAGCGUAGGGAUGGACCUCUUGUUCUUAUAGGCAGUGGGCUUUCUUCAGAACAACAGAAAAUGCUCAGUGAGCUUGCAGCAAUUCUUAAGGUUAAAAAAUGUGCUGAGUUUGAUAGUACAGUAACUCAUGUCAUUGUUCCUGGUGAUACAGUUCAGAGUACUCUGAAAUGUAUGCUUGGAAUUCUCAGUGGAUGCUGGAUCUUAAAAUUUGAGUGGGUGAAGGCAUGUCUACAAAGCAAAGAAUGUGAACAGGAAGAAAAGUAUGAAAUUCCUAAAGGACCACAGAAAAGCAGGCUCAACAGAGAACAGCUGUUGCCAAAGCUGUUUGAUGGAUGCUACUUCUACUUUGGGGGAACCUUCAAACACCAUCCAAAGGACAACCUUACUAAACUUGUCGCUGCAGCUGGGGGGCAGAUCCUCAGUAGGAAGCCCAAGCCAGACAGUGAUGUUACUCAAACCAUCAAUACAGUCGCGUACCAUGCCAAACCCGACUCUGAUCAGCGCUUCUGCACACAGUAUAUCAUCUAUGAGGAUUUGUCUAAUCAUCGCCCAGAGAGGGCUCGGCUGGGGAAAGUCUGGAUGGCUCCUUCCAGCUGGUUUAUAGAUUGUGUGAUGUCCUUCGAAUUGCUUCCUCUUGACAUCUGAUUACUACACCAGAUGAACAUUUCAAAUUGAACGUACAUAAUGUGAGAACUUCGCCAUUGUACCAUUUUGACCAUUCACAUUUUUAUAAAUAGGUAGACUCAUAUUUUUCCUUGAAUUAAAAAAAAAUAUGCCAGAUUAUGAAUUCAUUCUGUGUUUACCAGUUAGAUGCUGAGAUUUCUUAAAUGACAUAUCUUUUUAAAACUGGCAUAUAUUUUGAUUUAUCAUGUCUUUUCUUCAGAUUUUUAGCUAUCAAAGAUUAAUGAGAGAGUAUCAGAACUGCUGAUUAAGUAUAUAAGUAGGAGCAUUACUAUCUCAGCCUUCUAAUAUUUUUGAUGAAAAAAAUCCCCACCUGCUAACAGCAAAAAUAUUUCACAUCCUUUAGUUAAAGAAUCUUGUCAAGUAAUUUUUUCUGGCUUUAUUAUAAUGAAAAUAGAGUACUUGACCUAAAUCUGCCACUAUACAUUCUUUAAUUUCUCUAAUAAUUCUUUAACAAAUUUAAUUCUUUAAUUAUAAUGAAAACAGAGUACCUGGUUUAAAUCUGCUGCCAUAAUUCUUUAAUUUCUCAAAUAAGUUCUCCUAUCUGUAAUUAUCUUCAUCUUACAAGUGUUUAUUUAGUUUCUUAGAAUUUACUUAGAUGGGUAUUAACAUUUUUACCCCGAUUUUUAUCUUAUCUGUUCAUCAGGAAAUCAUGAUUCAAACCCUAACAUUUUGUUCUUUGGCUAUGAAAAUCACCAUGGGGCCAAUGCACAUAUUUUUAUUGUAUGUGCUUGCUUAUUGUUAGCUGUAAAUUUGUAACUGUCUAUCUACAAUACAUGUACAUAUUACAUAUAGCAUUUUCUCUAACACAUUUUAUAUCAGUAUUUCUUAGAAGGCCUUACCAGACUACAAAUUGUCAAUCAAAUGUUAAUAAAUUAGGAAGUAGUCUUCUCUGGUAGACCUUGCUACGUUUUGCUAAAAUAGGUUUUUUUUUUAAGUUUUAAUUUCUUCAUAAAGUUUCUGUCAUUCUUAGACUGCUAUGGAGGCAGAAGUUGGGGAUUAUGUGAUUUAGAACAGAUUUUGUUCAGAUGAUAGAAAAGGCCAUAACAAUAUGUCUAAAGGUAGGAGGGGGAAGGGCUUAUUUAUAAUAUCAAGACAGGCCAGGCUGCAAAUAGUUAGAGGGACCACCUGAGUGUGGGGACACCUGGGAGACUACUCAGUUCUGAGUGUUCUUGUUGUAAAUCAACAAGGUAGAUUAGAUCAUGUAAAAAGAUUUUUUUAAGAAGCACAGUUUUUUAAUAAGUCUUCCUACAAAUUGAAUGUCCUUAUAGUGUUAAAGACAUGGGAAGAGAGACCCGGUGAGACCUGCCAGUUUGGUUCCUUAUGGACCAAGAGGACAGUGUGAUAACCACUGGACUAGAAUAUUAAGAAGCCAAAGUUGAUGAACAUUCUAAGAUCCAUUUAUAUGAAAGUUUGAGAUUCUGCUGAGUUUUUCAAAAUAAACUUACUUGACAUGUUAUUGUCUAUAACAAGAACUAUGUGAACACAAUGAUAACACUGCUGACCCUGAACUUCAAGGGUGAAUUAGUUCUAAAAACACUCUCUCCAGCCAGUGUGUGCUUGUCCCACAUUUCAUUCUAAUAGAGAUUGAUGAGCACCAUAGCACCAAACAAAUCUGAAGGGUUAGAUAAUGUCUGGAUUAAAUAAUUUAAGGCUCUCUGGGAUUUUAGUUGUCAUUUUUGAUUUAUAACUGACUUUUAGUCACUUUCUAUUGCCUCAUCAGUUACAUUCCUAGACAGUUUUGUGUCUGUUUCUCUGAUCUGAAUCUGUUUGUAAAAACACCUUUGGGGGUUGCUGCUUUCUCUCCUUCAUUCAUUUUCUUGGUUUAUCUCCAUCCCCUCUGUAAAGCAAUUCUAUUUUUGGUUUCUUUCUUUAUUUGACAGUGGUUGAUUGAUUUUAAGCUCUUGAAACUUAUGUUUUCUGUUUAGGUAUACUUGUAAUUACUUUCAUUUUUCAAUCAGAUUCAACCUUUUUUUUUUUUUUUUUACUAUAAGUCAUUAAAGUUAUUUGUGUUUCAUAUCUCUGUGUCUUCUAAGGAAGUAGCUUAUUCUGCACUGUGAAGACUGAAAUUCAGCAAGGCUUGUGAGAAAAUCUUACAGCUAACAAAAGCUAAACUUUUGGAACACCAAUGCUUUUUAAUUAAUUUUGGAUAGAAAUAUUUCUAAAGUAUAUUGGAUACUUUAUUACCUUACAUAAAUUUUUUUGAGUACAAUGUAACCUUGGUAGUUUGGGUUCAUCAUUAAGAGCAUUAAUUGUUACACAGUGAUUCCUUCCUGGUUCUAGUAGAGUCACAGGAUGGGUAGCUUUUCCACUAUAGUAAUUACAUAUGGCUGUAUUCUAGUUGUACUUCAGUUUAUAGUUUAUUCCCCCUUGACAGCUGCUACUGUGUAACUAUUGUGUAGCUGCUUAUCUAUUUCCAUUGGUACUUUACCCUAAUUUGUUCUGUUUUUUAUUUUGACUUGCUAAGGAAUAGAAACCAGAAAGGAAGUACUAAUAGAAUUAUGACUGAAAUAAGGAUAAUUUGUGGGGGUUUGAGUGAUUCACCUAAGAGUUAGAUACUUACAUUUUCAUAGGUGAGAUUCACCAUUUAUUUUAUGUGUCUUGAUUUCUUUUGAGCCUUCUUUGUGAAAUUGGGAAUUAAGUGAUGUCUGCAUAGAUGGAGAUUAUGUUUUGGAACGUUUGAUGGUUCCUGUGUGAAUAAGAAGCCUGUGGGGGUGUGUGUCACAUUACAUUACACAUAAGUUGUUACUCCCUCUGUGGGUUGGGGUAGAAAUAAAGGAGUGUUCUAAAGAUUUGUGG